UUUUUUGGUUCGUCCUUCUUCCCGUUGAGCUAAUCGGUCUCGGUCUCAGCCGCUACACCUGCAACAACCGUUUUUCUGACAUUUCUCCGCUCACAAAUCAACACAACAUGGACGACUUUGACAUGCUCAACGCUCCCUCUGCUGGGAACGGGGUCGGCUCGGAAGAGGACCCCGCUGCCGCUUUCUUGGCCCAGCAGGAGAGCGAGAUCGCGGGUAUUGAAAACGACGAAGGCUUCAGCAUCCUGGACGGCGGAGACGUGCCUUCAUCGCUUGGAGACUCUAACGAUGGCACUGUCAACGGAGAGCUUCAUGGGGAAAGCAACGGCCCAUCAGACGCCUAUGCAGCCAUUUCCAGUGCAGACCGGCUGCAGGCCGAACCUGAAAGCCUACGCAAGUGGAGGGAGGAACAAAGCGAGAGGCUGGAGGUGCUAGAUGAUAACUCGCGCAAGCAGGAGUCAGAGUGGAAGGAGAAGGCCAAGGUGGAGCUGGAGGAGUGGCACGCCAGGCAGAACGAGCAACUGGAGAAAACCAAAACCAACAACAGGGUGCUGGAUGAAGACUUCUACAAGCAGCCCUUCUCUGAGCUCAUUGGUUAUGUCACACACAUUAACCAUCCUUGCUACCGCCUAGACCAGGCGGCCGAGGAAGCCAUUGUUUCAGAUCUGGAUGAGAACAACCCCGGCACUGAGUGGGAGCGUGUGGCUCGGCUCUGCGACUUCAACCCCAAGUCCAGCAAGCAGGCUAAAGACGUGUCCCGCAUGCGCUCCGUCCUCAUCUCCCUGAAGCAGUCCCCGCUGGUCCGCUAGGCAGUCCGGGCGGCUCAAGGGCGUCAUUCCAUAUCAUUCUCAUCUUACACCAAAUCAAACGAGCGAUAUCCCAGCAUCUGAAUCCCGAAGACGAGGAGGAUCACAUCCCUCCUGUUCAUAUCUGAACGCCAUGCACGGCCCUGUGGAGGGCUGUAGAGAUUAUCCUUCAAGAACCAGCUCGCCACGUCCUUCACCUGUGUUCACCUCUUUCACAGACCAAUCAAGACCUCUUAAUGCCGCUUUCAUAAACACACAGAGAUCAUGCCCGUUAGAUCAACCAGAGGUCUGAUGCUCUGUGGAGUCGUGUAACACUGCAGUGAGGACGGUGAGUGUGGGACACUAAAAAGGGAAGGGCUGAUUGUUUGGGCCUCGAGCUACACUACAACCAGAAAACAUGCCCCCCCCCCCCCCCCAAACAAUAUCACUCCCACGAUGCUGUACUCUCAACUCUCUGACCUGUAAAUCUAAAGAAUCCUCCUCUGACAUCCCGGGUUGGACUGAUGUGUAACCAUUGGUAUUCCCCUCCCCCGAUGCGUCACUUCAUGUUCCUCGUAUAUAAAGAAUGAUCCUCAGAGCUUUUCUUUAUUCUUUUUUUUUAAGGACCAAACUUUAAAAUCAAAACUCCAAAUUCAGUGUGUGUACUUUGAGCUGUGUGCGUAGACCCCACGUGUGGCAUAUUGUGUAACAUUUUCCGAUCUAUGCAUUUCCUUUUGCCCCUCCCCCUCUCCAGUCAGGAAGUGAACCGAGUCCAGUAAUUACAAUAAACGUGACCCGUCUGUGUGUGUGUUUGAACCUCGGCCGUGUGUGUAUGUGCUCUAUGCGUGUACCUAUGUACAUAUACAAAAAGGCAAUAUAUAUACAGUAUAUAAAACAUUAAUGUCACUGAAACUAGACAGUUUUAAAGAGAGAGAGACAUAUUAGCCAGCUGUUGCUUGACCAUCUGUGUUCGUUGUCCAUUUGAUUUCAAUAGAAAUAAAACCUCAAUGAAAA